AUGGCUUCCCCCGGUUCCGGGGACCCCAGCCUGGCAGGUCUGCCCCCUCGUCCUGUAGACACUCCAGGUGAGGAGCGUGGUCCCGCCGCGACCCCGCAGACCCCGUUCCUGGACAUCUACUGCGGGGAUGCACAGCUCUGGGAGGCGCACUUCCGCGGCAUCAGGCGCGCCUACUGCGCGCUGGGCAAGGAGCACGACUUCGCCAUCCGCGUGCUCACGGAGGACUUCACGCUGCCUUUUCCUUUCGCCUGGCCACCAGGGCCCGACCCGGCCCGCGGGCCGCUCUUCUACGACCCGCACGACCGCACGGGCUUCGACUUCCUGCUGCAGGGCCCGGACGCGCCGCCCCCCGCGCUGCUGCGGCCCCUGCACAACACGGCGCAGGCGGCGGUGCGCAAGCAGCGCCUGGAGCAGCUGGCGCUGAGCUAUGAGCGCGCGGGUGGCGCCCCCGGCCCGGCCUCGCGCGGCUCCUGCCCGCGCCCACCGCCGGCAGCACCCUCCCGGGGCCCGUGGGGCCUGAGGCUGCCUCCCCGGGCGGGGACGGGCAUCUGGUGCCAGCUAGAACCCCGGGGCCGCCCGGGGGGGCCAGACAGCGUCAGCGGUGUCUGUGUUCAGCCUGGAAUGACAGUGAGGGUGGAGGCCGGUGGCAGCUGCGCCUAUGAAGAGCUCAAGGCCAAGCCUUCUAGUGGCUACCGCACCGCUCCCGCGCCUCCGUCCCCCGUGCCAGCACCGUGUCUGUCUUCCCACCUCCGGGUCUGUGCUCCCGGGCGAGGGCGAGCACCUCUAAGCCCACAACAGCUCAAAGGGGACAUGCCGGUGCUGUCCCCCGGGCCCCGUGUGCCCAUGGCCCCGGGGAGUAGUCUCCCGGUCACGCCCACCUACUUUGCACACCUCCUCCAGGAAGCCUUCGUGGAUGCUCCCACACCCCGAGCUGGGAUCCCCUGGGGUUCUCCCCUGGGACUGUUGUCACGCUGA